GAGAUAGGAACAAAUAUAGUCCCAGAACUGCCUGUGGAGCAAAUGGUAAAAUUCAGUGUCACUCUCACUGAUCAGGAGUACAGAGCUGAACUUAAUGAUCCCAACUCUCCACAGUACCAACAACUAGCUGCCAAGUUUCAGUUACAGAUGAAAAAAAUAUUUGGGAAACUUCCAGGGUUCAAAGAAAUCCACGUAUUAGGAUUUAAACGGAAGAAGGAGAAAGAUGGAUCAAGCAGCACUAUUGCACGAUAUGUGGUAAACUUUGAGAGAGAUGGCUCAGAAAUGAAAAGCACAGCAGAUGGCAUCUCAACUAUUGCAUCUAAUAAGGUUGAAAAUCAAAACAAUCCAUUUUCUCCAAAUGAAGAGAGGGAGAUAUCAGCAACUAAACUCACAGUUACAGACCUUCAGCAACUGGUUGCUAUCGCACUCCAUGAAGAUCAGUCCCUGCCAGUGGACCUUGGAACACUUCAGUUUACUGAUGAAUCUAUGGUUAUACCUAAUGAUUUUGAUAAUGAUAUCCAGCCAAUGGUCACUAUUCCUCUGGCAAGCCCUGAUUUGGAGGAUUCCAUGAGUGUGGAACUCCCACUAGGCUCCCCCAGCCCAGCAACAGUGGACCAAACAGGACACAGCUUGGUCAAUGAAUUUACAACUGGAAUCCCUGUGCUAAGUGUAGAGAUCAGUGCCUCUGAAGACUCUAUUAAUUUUGUUUCAUCUGAGCCUGCAUUCCCUACCAAGCCCUCCAGAGAACCAUUUAAUGACAAAUCUCCUCCAGACACAGAAGAUAUUGCUACUGACCACCAAAGUUUCACAGUGCCUUUCAAUGUUCUGGGUAGCAGUAACAGUCCUUCAAAACCAGAGGAUUCCCAUUCGCCUCCUUCAGUAGAUGAUUCUGCUAGCUAUGACUUGAUCACCAGUGGCUAUGAGUCUCCAACGGAGCCAACUACCACACUAGCAGUUUAUACCACAGGUAGCUUUACUCCACCUAAUCUCCUGCAAGCUGGCGAUGAGAAUAACGAAGCUGAGGAGAAGAAAGAACUGACUGAUAUAACAGAACCACCUUUCAAGGAAGCUGACCAAGAUAGUCUGCCUGGACAAGCAGUUAAGAUCAUGGAAGACUCAGAAUCAUCAGGCGAUGACAUUUUAGUUACAGCCAGCAUUAAAAAAACGUUGCCUUUCGUUAUCGGUUCAAGUGAUCUCUCUACUACCCAGCCUGAAGAUGUUAUUACAGACAUGGUACCAUCAACCCAAACAGCACCGCUGCCUGCAGCAACCAGCCCGUCCUACAGCCACUCUCAGAUCAUCGAACAGUCUCUUGAAGUACCAGAUUCCUUGGUGCUGGCAUCUGAGAGCGUUCCUCCCGAUGGUGUCGGGACAGUAACGCAGGAUAUUGCUGCCAUGUUAGAUCACGUCAGUGUGAUGAGCACACCAACACUGGAUGAAGCAGAGCAUGGCAGCGGUUAUAUCUCAAUGCUGACAACUGAGCCUGCAGAAGCCACCCCAGCUCCUACGCUGAAGUAUGUAACUACCAGCUCCAUGACAACCGCAGCCAAAGGCAAAGAGCUAGUAGUUUUCUUCAGCCUGAGGGUAACCAACAUGCACUUUUCUGAUGACCUCUUCAAUAGGAGUUCGCCAGAGUACAAAGCACUAGAACAACAGUUCGUGCAAUUGCUACUUCCAUACCUUCAGUCCAACCUUACAGGUUUUAAGCACCUGGAAAUACUUAACUUCAGGAACGGAAGUGUGAUUGUGAAUAGCAAAAUGAAAUUUGCCAGGACAGUGCCAUACAAUAUCACGGAAGCAGUACACUGUGUUUUGGAAGAUUUCUGUGAUGCUGCAGCCCAACACCUCAAUCUGGAGAUUGACAGCUAUUCUCUGGAUAUUGAGCCAGCUGAUCAGGCAGACCCAUGCAAAUUCAUGGCAUGUGACGAGUUUUCUGAAUGCAUAACGAAGGAGGAGACAAAAGAGGCUGACUGCCUUUGUAAACCUGGUUAUGCAAGCCAAGACGGAUUACCCUGUCAGAGCCUGUGUGAGCUGGAACCCCAUCUUUGCAUCAAUGGUGGGAAAUGUGAGUUAGUUCCAGGAAGAGGAGCUGUCUGCAGAUGCCCUGUACGUAAACACGAGCUUUACCAAGGACAGCGCUGUGCAAAAUUUGCUCCAGAACCCAUACAACCCUUCAUUUUUAAACCUCUCAUUCUUGGCUUACUAAGCCUUAUUUUUCUUUUCAUCACUUUAAUUAAGUUAAGAAGAAAAAGCAAAAGAAACUCUAAUUUGCAAAGUUCUACUCUCAACAGCUUCAGUUCAGAAAAUGCUGUAAGGAUUAAUCCUGCUUUUGACCAUGACGAGCCCCUAACUAGCUUUUGUCACACGGCUUGUAGUGUAAGUGCUUGUGUCAGUUCCUCAGAGAUCACUGAUCAUGAAACAUUACAUGAACUUGGGAACACAAUACACUGUGGAGGUAAAAUGCAUGGAAAUACUUUUCUUACCCCUUAACAAACAGCCCCACCUCAAAUAACAGGUUCACCUUCAUGUAUUAACUCUACAACUAAAUCAAAUUUGAUCCUAAUCUCUUGCUUGGCAAUUUCAGAACUAAAAAGACUAAUUCAUUAUUUGCUUUCCACAUCUACUGCUGUGUAG